AUGCGUAAAUUGAAGAAAGUCGUGAAACAUCACGCAAAAAUGGGAACACCGAUUCGCCACAUUGAGACUAGCGUGAUCAAAGAGGCAGAAGAUCAUUUAAAGCCGUUUGUGAAUGAAAAAGUGUUGACGAAAGUGGCAAAGCGAGUCUCCAAAGCAACGUGGCCUCAUCCGAUUGACUGUUCAGCGUACGAUUGGUUG